GCGGGGGCGAGGGGAAGGCUCCGGCGGGCGGGCCGGCGGGACCCUAGCACUCUUCUGCGGACUGAUCCGGCACACGAAAAGGUGCACAGUAUACUAAUUCAACUAUUCUGUACAUCACUCAGUGCUCAUCCAGAUUCAACUAUAAAGAAGAAUAGGUCAUUUCAUAGUUUGCAAAAUGAAGUACAGUUCCAACUUUGGCAGACAACUGUCUAUCAAGAGAUUUUUGCUGUAUUAUUGCACAGAGUACAAGAACAAUAUCAAGAAACACGCAGUUCUCUAAGGGCCCGGAAAACUAUCAUCUCUGGCAGCUUAAAUUCUCAUUUCCUUGUAUUCAUCACAUGUGUGCUCCAGUAUUAUCUCAAGGAUUACAGCCUGAAGAAGAACUACAGCUGUGGAAUGAGAUAGAUGACGCUUGUUUGGCCUUGCUGUCCCUUGAUUCUCAGCCUCAGGCAUCCAGUGCAUUGGAGGAGCUUUGCAUUACAAUUAUGGGGAUUCUACGAAAACCCCAGGAAACAGAUGAAAAAGAUAAUACCAAAAGGUUCUUAUUUCAUUAUUCAAAGACACGGAAGUUGGGCAAUUCAAAUGUUGUGGAAGAAUUCCAAGGUCCUAUCCAAGUUCGAAGACAGUUUUUGUUCAGGCCACGCAAUGGAAGAAGGUCAGAAGGUUACAUUUAAAAUGGAUCCAAAUGAAGAUACAGAAUGGAAUGAAAUUUUAAGAGAUUUUGGCAUUCUUCCUCCAAAAGAAGAGCCAAAAGAUGAAAUUGAAGAAAUGGUUUUACGUUUACAGAAAGAAGCAAUGGUUAAACCAUAUGAAAAGAUGACUCUUGCACAGUUGAAGGAAGCUGAAGAUGAAUUUGAUGAAGAAGAUAUGAGAGCUAUUGAAAUAUAUAGAGAAAAGCGGUUACAAGAAUGGAAAGCUCUUAGGAAAAAACAAAAAUUUGGGGAAUUAAGAGAAAUUUCUGGAAAUCAGUAUGUGAAUGAAGUCACAAAUGCAGAAAAAGAUGUAUCAGUUAUAAUUCAUUUAUACAGAUCAAGCAUCCCAAUGUGUUUGUUGGUUAACCAGCAUCUUAGUCUCCUAGCAAGAAAGUUUCCAGAAACUAAAUUUGUUAAAGCCAUCGUGAAUAGCUGUAUUCAACACUACCAUGACAAUUGUUUACCAACAAUUUUUGUUUAUAAAAACGGUCAGAUAGAAGGCAAAUUCAUUGGAAUUAUAGAAUGUGGAGGGAUAAAUCUCAAGCUGGAAGAACUUGAAUGGAAACUAGCAGAAGUUGGAGCAAUACAGACUGAUUUAGAAGAAAACCCCAAAAAAGGCAUUGUAGAUGUGAUGGUAUCUUCAAUUAGAAACACUUCUUUUUAUGAUGACACUAGUAGUUCAAACAGUGAUAAUGAUGAUACCAAAUAGAAAUAUUUAAUAAAUAGCUGCAAAUUACUUACUGAAUGUUUUUCACUGCCUUUGUAAUCAGAGAUCAGAAAAUUUAUGGAUUUAUUUUCAUAUUUAUAUUAGAAUGAUAGCUUAUAUAUCAUUUAAAAAACUUUCACGUAUUUCAGA